CCAGCUUAUUAAUACAUAUUUAUUUUGAACAGGUUCCAUGAGCAGUAGAAGAAACGGCUGCUACGUAUCGAAGACUGACUUGGCAUACAGGUCUUAAGAAGCGCCCCCCCCACUCCCCACCCAGAGAUGUCGAUGGCACUCAAGCAAGUGUUCAACAAGGACAAAACGUUCCGGCCCAAGCGCAAGUUUGAGCAGGGCACCCAGCGCUUCGACCUGCAUAAGAAGGCGCAGGCGUCUCUGAAUGCCGGGCUGGAUCUGAAGCAGGCUGUGCUGCUGCCUCACGGGGAGGCGCUCAGCGACUGGGUGGCGGUUCACGCUGUGGACUUCUUCAACCGCAUCAACCUGAUCUACGGUACCAUCAGCGAGUCCUGCACCGACGAGUCCUGCCCCGUCAUGUCUGGCGGCCCCAAGUAUGAGUACCGCUGGCAGGACGAGCACAAGUAUAAGAAGCCCACCGCCCUCCCCGCACCCAAGUACAUGAACCUGCUGAUGGACUGGAUUGAGAUGCAGAUCAAUAAUGAGGACAUCUUCCCCACCAAUGUUGGUACCCCCUUCCCAAAGAACUUCAUGCAGGUGGCGAAGAAGAUCCUGUCCCGUCUCUUCCGAGUCUUCGUGCAUGUCUACAUCCACCACUUCGACCGGGUCCUGCAGAUGGGGGCCGAGGCACACGUCAACACCUGCUACAAGCACUUCUAUUACUUCGUCAAAGAGUUCAACCUCAUAGACCACAAGGAGCUGGACCCGCUGAAAGAAAUGACAGCCCGGAUCUGUCAUUGAAAAUGGAUCAUCUCCCCUCAAACUGUAGAGACACAAGCUUUGGGGCAACAUUCCAUCUCGGAGACCACUGUGGAGACAGAGAGUUUAUUUUUAUAUGUGGCUCUUUUUGAGCAAAGAAGAUAUAUGUAUAAAAAUAUGUAAUCUGCUUAAAAAAAAAAAAGAGCAUCAUAUUUUUGGUGUAACUGGUGUUUUAUCCGUAUGAGCUGUUUUUAAAACUUUUUUUUAACUUUGUUGAAACUUUGUUACUGUUGUUUUUGUUAAUGUAAAUCUUAGAAAUCUGUUUUAUAGUGUAACAAAUAUUGGGAUGAAAAAUAAACUGUGUGACCACUAAA